AUGACUCCACGGAAAGAAACCCAAUCCAAUGCAUCUGAUAAUGAAGCCGUCGUCGCUGGCACGAAGCGCAAAGCCUCGGAAGCCUCACAGGCCGACCACGCACAGGACGAAGAACCCGACACAAAAAAGUCAAAGACGGAAGACACCAAGACAACGGUAGACUGGCUUUUACGCGACGAGGCUUUCUCCCUCGCCUUCCCCUCCCUCCCGCAAGGCCACGGCGAAAUCGACUGGGACGAAGGCCAACACCGCAAGGAUCCUCCCCCCGAAAACGCCGGGAAGAAAACCAACACUUCAAAGGCCUCAAAGGACAAAGACGACGACGACAGCCAUGACGACAAUUAUGACAAAACACCCCGUCUAACCUACCCAGACUCCACCCUCACCCCCUUCCAAAACCUCGUCGCCGCCCUCCUCUUAAGCAAACCCAUCUCCCACCGCCUAGGCCUCCGCACCAUCAACACGCUGCUCAACCCGCCCUUUGGCCUGCGCACGCCGCAGGACCUCGACGAAGCUGGGUUCGAGGGGCGGAGGAAGGUGAUGUGGGAGGCGAGGACCCAGCACAAGGAGAAGACUGCUGUGCAGUUGGGGGAUUUAGUUGAGGGUGUGAGGAAGAUUUGCGGUGGAGAUGGUGGUGACGGUGAUGAUGAUGACAAGGAAGACGGUGAGGAGAAGACAAAGGAGGAGGGAGAUGAGGGGGAUGUUGAGAAGAUGACUGCGUUGAGGGAGAUGGUUAAAGGGAUGGAAGUAGAGGAGGCGCAGAAGAAGGUUGAGAAGGAGUUGACCGAUGGGAUUAAAGGUGUUGGACCGACUGGUGCUGGGAUCUUUCUGCGGAGGGUGCAGCAGGAGUGGGAGGAGGUGUUUCCGUAUACUGAUAAGAGAGCUCUCGAAGCUGCUGUCGAGUUUGGUGUCAUCAAUGAAGGCGACGGUGCGAAGGAGCUGGCAGAUGCGGUUGCGGGGGACCGAGGCAAGUUUGUGAGGAUGCUGGAUGUGCUUGUUGGGAUUCAACUUGAGAAGAAGAUGGAGGAGGCGCUGAAGAUGGCCAGGGGAGAGAGCAAUUAG